CCCAUUCAUGUCGGGCAGACGCCGGGUGAUGGAGGCGGAGGAGAGAACGGAGUGGUGUCUUCGCCUCCCUGACGAAUAGGUGUAUCGCGUCCCCCACUUCCGCGGGUCGGUACAUCGAGACGACAAUUCCCGGUUUAAAGUUUUCAAAUUAAAUUUAAGCCUGUUAUCACCGGGAUCACCCCCCUCCACCUGAAGAGACGCUGAGAUUUUUGCGGCUGAGAGAAGAUGGCGAGCGAGCCGCCGGCCCGCAGCCUGGACGAUAUCGACCUCUCUGCCCUACGGGAUCCUGCCGGUAUUUUUGAACUAGUAGAAGUUGUUGGAAAUGGCACAUACGGACAAGUGUAUAAGGGCCGCCAUGUCAAAACAGGGCAGCUUGCUGCCAUCAAAGUUAUGGAUGUUACAGAGGAUGAAGAAGAGGAGAUUAAACAGGAAAUUAACAUGCUGAAGAAGUACUCUCACCAUAGAAACAUCGCAACAUAUUAUGGCGCUUUCAUCAAGAAGAGCCCUCCAGGCCAUGAUGACCAGCUCUGGCUGGUUAUGGAAUUCUGUGGAGCUGGAUCUGUCACAGACCUGGUCAAAAAUACAAAAGGAAAUGCUCUGAAGGAAGAGUGGAUCGCUUACAUCUGUCGAGAGAUUCUGCGGGGCUUAACUCAUCUUCAUGCACACAAAGUUAUCCACAGAGACAUCAAAGGACAAAAUGUGCUGCUGACAGAAAACGCUGAAGUCAAGCUCGUUGAUUUUGGUGUGAGUGCUCAACUCGACAGGACUGUCGGAAGGAGGAACACAUUCAUCGGAACCCCAUAUUGGAUGGCUCCUGAAGUGAUAGCAUGUGAUGAAAAUCCUGAUGCCACUUAUGAUUAUAGGAGUGACAUUUGGUCUUUGGGAAUUACUGCAAUUGAAAUGGCAGAAGGCGCUCCACCUCUGUGUGACAUGCAUCCAAUGCGGGCCUUAUUCCUUAUUCCAAGAAAUCCCCCUCCAAGAUUAAAAUCUAAGAAAUGGUCAAGGAAGUUUAUAGAGUUUAUUGAGAACUGCCUGAUAAAAAAUUAUACUCAGAGACCGUCUACAGAUCAGCUGCUAAAGCACAGUUUCAUCCGAGACCAGCCGACUGAGAGGCAGGUACGCAUCCAAUUGAAGGACCACAUUGAUCGGACCCGGAAGAAGCGUGGUGAGAAAGAGGAGACAGAAUACGAGUACAGUGGCAGUGAGGAGGAAGAGGACAACGUUGGUGAAGAAGGGGAACCCAGCUCCAUUGUAAACUUGCCAGGCGAGUCCACUCUCCGGCGAGACUUCCUCCGCCUGCAGCAGGAGAACAAGGAGCGGUCAGAGGCCGUGAAGCGUCAGCAGCAGCAGCAGCAGAUCGUGCUGCCUCGCCGGGAUCUGGAGGAGCGCAGGCGGCAGCUCCUCUCCGAGCGGCAGAAACGCAUAGAAGAGCAGAAAGAGCAGCGGCGCCGGUUGGAAGAGCAACAACGCAGAGAACGGGAACUCCGCAAGCAGCAGGAAAAAGAGCAUCAGCGGCAGUUAGAUGAGAUGCAGCAGCUUCGGAGGGAAGAGGAGAGGAGACAAGCUGAGAGAGAACAGGAGUACAUAAGGCACCAAUUAGAGGAGGAGCAGAGGCAGUUAGAGAUUCUUCAGCAGCAGCUACUGCAAGAACAGGCUCUGCUUCUGGAGUACAAGCGGAAGCAGCUGGAGGAGCAGCGGCAGUCCGAACGGCUUCAGCGGCAGCUGCAGCAGGAGCACGCCUUCCUCAUGUCGCUGCAGCAGCAACAGCAGCAGCAGCAACUGCAGAAGCAGCAGCAGCCACCUCAGGAAAAGAAACAACUGUAUUACUACAAUAAAAAUGUGAAUCCUUCUGACAAACCAGCCUGGGCAAAGGAGGUUGAAGAACGCACCAAAAUGAACCGGCAAAACUCUCCUGGUGCCAAGCCUAAGAUGGGGACCACGAUAUCUGAUCCAUCGCUGCAGUCACUCUCUGAAUCCGUACCCAACAAUUCCGCCCAGGCUUCACAGACGCCACCCAUGCACCGGCCGGUGGAGCCCCAGGGAGCCCAGUCAAAGUUUCAAGUGGCACACCUAGUCGCGCUGAAACCAUCUGUUGCCGUUCCGAGGUCCCAGUCACUGCAAGACCAACCAACCAAAAAUGUUGCUGCGUUCCCAAGUCAGGAGCCAGCGCCAGUGAAGCGCGGCGAGAUGCUGCGGCAGAACUCCGACCCCACCUCCGAGACCCCCGUGCUGCCUCCCCGUGCAAACAGAGAUGAUGCCGGGCCAUGGGUGAAGAUGUCUGAUGAAGCACCACCAAAGGUUCCUCAAAGAACGACCUCCAUAGCCACAGCUCUAAACAGCAGUAGUGUCCUGCUAAAUCGUCCAGGGCAGGCACCACGUGCAAGCAAUCCAGACUUGCGUAGGAUUGAACCAGGUUGGGAAAGAGCAGAGAGCCUCCCACAGAUUGGCCCCCAUCGAGUACUUGGGACUGGUUCAAUGGAGCGCAACAGGAUCACAACUUCCUCUCAGCCUGAAGGAUCACUGGUCCUUUCACAGGAUGUCACCCGGGGGAAACCAGAGGAGAUACGAACUACCUCGCGACCCAGCAGACCUGCAGACAUGCUGAAUCUGGGGAAGGACAACCGAUCAGACGACCUGCCCAAACUGCCGGUUAAAGUGAUGGACUACUCUUCGUCAAGCGAAGAGUCUGGCAGCACUGAUGAUGAGGACGAGGAAGGGGAAAGUGAGCGCCAGGAUGAAAAUCUAUCCAGCUCUGACGGAUCCCGAUCUGGUCAAAACCGGAGCAAUGAUGGUGACACAGACAGCAUCAGCACAAUGGUGGUGCACGACGAUGAAGAGCCUGCUGUGGUCGAGACUUCAGGCAACAGCUAUGGAGACGGGACGAUGAUUGUCCAGAGGACUCCUGAGGAGGAAAGAAGUGUCCAUCAUCCAGACAGUAACGGUUUCACAAGUCAUGUUAACCUGCCUGAUUUAGUACGGCAGAGUCAUUCUCCUACUGAUACUAAAGGCCCUAAAUCUCAGCAGGACGAUAGUAUAGCGGAGUUUCAAUCAAGAGGCCUGGUGAAAUCCCCUGGCAAGUCGUCUUUUACUACUUUUGUUGAUCUUGGAAUGUAUCAGAUGGGUGCUGGUGGGGAAACCAUACAACUUGCUGGGUUGAAUAUCAGUGAUGUGAGCCGAUUAAACCAGCAGAAAAAUGAUGACAGGAAGUGUUCAGUCGUGAAUGUAAAUCCAGCCAACACACGACCACACAGCGACACGCCAGAAAUAAGGAAAUACAAGAAACGCUUCAACUCUGAAAUACUCUGUGCUGCUUUAUGGGGUGUGAAUCUGCUGGUGGGGACUGAGAACGGGCUCAUGCUGCUGGACCGGAGUGGACAGGGCAAAGUGUACAGCCUCAUCAGUCGCCGGCGCUUCCAGCAGAUGGACGUCUUGGAAGGGCUAAAUCUCCUCAUCACAAUAUCAGGUAAACGGAACAAGCUCCGUGUUUAUUAUCUGUCCUGGUUGCGGAAUAAGAUUUUGCACAACGACCCAGAGGUGGAGAAGAAGCAGGGCUGGACCACUGUGGGCGAUAUGGAGGGCUGCGUGCACUACAAAGUGGUGAAAUACGAGAGGAUCAAGUUCCUGGUUAUUGCUCUGAAGAACUCUGUGGAAGUUUACGCCUGGGCCCCUAAGCCUUACCACAAGUUCAUGGCUUUCAAGUCAUUCACAGAUCUGCCUCAUAGACCAUCAUUAGUUGACUUGACAGUGGAAGAAGGUCAGAGGUUAAAGGUUGUUUAUGGAUCUAGCACUGGUUUCCAUGCAGUUGACGUGGAUUCUGGAAAUACCUACGACGUUUACAUCCCAGUGCAUAUUCAGUCCCAUAUGGUGCCUCAUGCCAUUGUUAUUCUACCCAACACUGCUGGAAUGGAAAUGCUUCUAUGCUAUGAAGAUGAAGGAGUUUAUGUGAACACCUAUGGCCGUAUUAUGAAGGAUGUGGUGCUACAGUGGGGUGAGAUGCCAACCUCUGUGGCAUACAUCUGUUCAAAUCAGAUCAUGGGUUGGGGUGAGAAGGCCAUCGAAAUCCGAUCUGUAGAGACGGGUCACCUCGAUGGAGUUUUUAUGCACAAAAGAGCACAGCGGCUAAAGUUCCUUUGUGAACGCAAUGAUAAGGUCUUUUUUGCCUCUGUCCGUUCAGGUGGAAGUAGUCAAGUUUAUUUCAUGACGUUAAAUAGGAACACAAUCAUGAACUGGUAAAAAGGACAACCUGUUGGACUACUGAUGUGUUGGAUACUGUAAAUACAUAUGACGGUGCAUUUUGUAGAUCAAAGAUUUAAGUGGGAUGUAUAGACCAUGGAGAGGUUUCUGUGGAACUUGGAAUGGAUCUCGUGCCUCAAAAGACAUUAUCAUGAACCUGUUGCUUUAAAGGGUUUUUUUUUCCUUUCCUUCUUCUGGAGAACGAAUUUGACAGUUUGGCUGCAGUUGUAUCACCUAUCCAGCAUGCUUUACUCAUUCGAAGCCAAGGCUGCUUCUGACUGGCAGCAGAGCACAUAGAUACAGUGUGCACUUGGUUGUGGUUGGGGGGGUGAUGAAUAAUGGUUGGACUUGCUUUGAAACAAGCUACUGUUCCGAUUGGAAAGCGAGUGCGGAAUACUACCAGUUAACCCUGUUACCAUAAAUAGUCCAAGCCAUCUUCCUCAGUCAGAAAGCUGGAAAAAUAUGGGUUAAGUCCGGAUUGGUAGCUCACUGUUUGUGUGUGUGUAUGUGUGUGUGUUAAUUUUUUAUGUCUAUUUUAGAAUAGAAUUAAGGUUUUAAAAGUAGAUUUUCAACUUUUUUUCAUAAAUCCAAAUGCCAAAGUUUGCAAGACUGCCUACUUUCUGAUCAAUCGCAGCAAAUUAAGGCCUUGAGAGGAGCGGGGGAUCCCUGUUGUUGAUUUGAGGGACCAUUCAUCUUAAUUGAGGGCAAGGUCUGCCCUUGGGUAAAAUGGUUGUACAAACCAACACAGUGCACCGUUUUGUAUUGAGAGGCCAUGUUGAGUGGCUCCAUGAUGUGCUUUGAUUGGCGUUAUUGGAUUGCACAUAGAUUAAUCAUAGUUGAAUUGAGACUAUUUGACACUUUUUUCCAGUAACUCAUCUCUCUAUCCUCUAAGCUCUGAAGUUUGGCAGGAAUCAUUCACUGCUGUACAUCCACCAUUAGGUAUGUUUACUGCUUUCCCUUCCUUAAGUUUGACACCUGUGAGUACAGCGUAAUGUGCAAAAUUGGUCUUAUUAGGUCUUGUGGCCUUGGCACAUUUCUCUAUUUUGGAACAAUACGGUUCUUCCCCAUGGCUUCCAAAGCCUUCAGAAAUUUAAUUCUCGUAUGUUUGUGCCUACAGGGACAUUGCAAUCAGUAGUGAUAAAGUUUGCCACUCAAUGGCUUGGUGGAAGGAAGGAAGUGGUGAGAGGGGUAAUGAGAGUUGAGUCAGCGUCAGGUUCUGCCAUUCACCUGAUUGUCUGGAUUAGAAACUCUGCCCCGUGAUUUAUCUGUUGCUAUGUUACUGAUAGUCAGAUGCUUGUCCCCUAGUUUUCUGUGCUGUCUCACUGAAGGUGAGUGUGUCCUGGUGUGGUUUAAUGUUUCUUCACCCACUUACUUUACUAAACUUCAAGAAUCUUGCAGGAGAAUGUGGCAAGAUCCAUCUUCUAUAUGUGAUUGGUUAUCUCCACACUAAUUUCAGAUACACCAGUCUCCCUCAAGCUGUGUGAUUCAAAACUGAACACUACAUCAUUUUUCCCAGGGGUUGCCAACCUGGGGUCUGCAGACCCCGUGCUUAAUGGUAUUGGUCCAUAGUAUAAAAAAGGUUGGGAACCCUCUGUUUUAGACCUUUAUGGAGAGCCAUUUCAAAUAAAUUUAAGCGGUUCCCCCAGUACAUUGGGAAAACCAUUCCUGGACUACGAAUUUAGUGAACAGUGACAGUCAGAUGUGUGGGGAAGCAGUGUCUACUGUAAAGAAAUUUCCUUAGUUUUUAAUACAAAAUUAAAUCACUGAAUUGUUCUUUUCUUGCCUGAAAUUUUUAUUUUAAAAUGUCAUUUCCUGGUGAAAAUGUUCAGGAGCUUUUAUCCCUAGCUCCUUGGUUUUAGUGAAUAAAUUAUCAAUAUCUUUUGAAGUACAACUGUUAGUAACUUGAGAUUAUAUGUAGAUGAUGCCAUUAAUAGAACAGCAUGUCAAGGAAUAAUGGGAAAGGGUGGGGUGAUAUCAUAAAUUCUCAACUCUCCUCAGCUAAAACCUACCAGUUGUUCUUUAGAUGACAAGGUCUGUUCAUGGAUUUAAACAAAGUUAUCCAAGUUUCCCUUCAGAGUUUCAUAAACUAGUGUAUCUCUUCUUGAAGUCUGGUCUUUCAUGCGUUGAUUGCUAUCAUGAUGUUGGUUGGAACACUCAGAACCUCAGCUCUGUUUCCCAUUCUUAAGAUAGUUAUCAAUCUGUACCAUAACUGCUCAUUCCCAUCUUUGCUUUGUUUCCCCAUAUCCCUCUGUGCAGUGCCCGGGUUCCCUUCUCCCCCUACUCUUAACUUACUCUGCUGAAAGCUCUGAACCUUUUAGUUCAGCACAUCUCCAACUCCAUUGUGGCCUCCACAAAGACCAUUCUAGAUGUGGACCACCUCUUUGAAAGUGUGGCAUUUCCAGCUGAAAAAUGAAUGCAUGGAUCUGGACUAUCCUAAAACCAGAACUUCUAGCUUCUGUUUUCACACCCUGCUUGUGAUUUCUGCUCGGUUUGCCUCUGUCAGGAACCAUGUGCUUCGCACUCUGUAGAACUGGCUGUUUGCUGUAGGUGUGGUCAACAUACUACCAUCUACUCUGAGGAAUUGGCUAUUUGCUGUCAUCAUUACCAAUUACGAAUGUGACAUGUCCAGAGUGCCUUGUAUGAUUUGUCUCACCAGGGGCCACUUUUAGAGAGGCAUUGGUGACAAGACAUCAAAUUCAGUCAGAAAUACAGAGCAUUAGGUUGUAAGAUCAAUUCCACUACCAGUCCAUGACCACUAAGGAGCUCCACUUCACACCAAUGCAGCCACACUCUUGUUCUCAUUGUUGAUUGUAAUUUGCAAUUUGCUGCUACAUUUUGGGUAGAGAAUUGACUUGUUUUUGUUUUCCCUGGCUGUCUUGGUUAUUAAACUAGAUUGAAAGUAGUCUUGCAGUGAACUUAUUUUUAUGCUCUUGAACUACCCUACUGCAGAGAAUGUGUGCAUUAAAAUAUGAGGUUUGAAUUUAAUGAGUUUUACCAGACUCUAUGUACUGUGCGCCUGGAAUUUAUUCUUUAAUAAAAUGUUACAGUGGAGUAGAGUAACUGAAUGGAACCAAACUUCAGUGAUACUCUCUUGGCAUCCUUUGUCUUGAGUCUGUCCAUUGCUGCAGAUCUACAAGUGGUGUCUGCUUGAACUUGCCCAAAGUCAAUGGUUAUUAGAUUAGUUGAUUUUCUCAUGCACCAGCCUGCAGUAAAGCUCCUUGUUGGCAAAACAGUACACAUAACAAAUGCCACAAAGAGAAAGGUUCAAUGGUUCUGUUUAAUAUCAGAGAAUGUAUACAAUAUAUAAUCUGAAAUUCGUACUCUCUGCAGACAUCCAUGAAACAGAACAAAAACCCCAAAGAAUGAUGACGGGAAAACAUUAGAAGCCCAGUAGCUCCCCCUCCCCCCUACACACAAGCAGCAGCAAAGCAUCAGCCCCCCCCCCCCCCACCCACCAUGCAAUCAAUAGCAAAGCCCCCAAAGAGACCAUGAUCUAGAGUUCAUCAACAAACAACCACUGUUCACCCCAAUGCCACAGUCUUGAGAGAGGGAUAGCACUCCUGCCAUAGAGAGAGGGGAGACCAACAGUGCACUAUUUUGAUGUUACAGACUGCAACAUCACUCUCAUUUCAAGUUCCCCAACUCAAGAAUCAGCAGAAAAUCUCUCACCAUUGAGACAGAAAGUGAUUGCACAAGUGCGGAGGUUCAAAGGUACAAAGAUUGUCGUGCUGUCUGAAGUAGUUCCAUAAGAAGUGUCCACAAUUAGAUUAUUUUGCCCACAGCAGGUUGGUCAGCUUCUGUACAGACAGCAACAAGUAUAAGUUUAUUUUCUCUGUGUACAGACACUAUCUGCUCUGCUGAGUAUGUCCUCCAUUUUGUUUCAGAUUUACCAGCAUGUGCAGGAUUUUACUUUUGGAUCACUUUGUUUAGUACCUGGGCCAUCUUUUUUUCAUAUUGCAGGAUUGGGUGGAUCACACUCAGCUUGUUUGCUGCUCUGUGAUAGUCAAGGGACUGAGGGAGGAAGGAGUGAGAAAGUGUGAUUGGGUGGCAUCUGCAAGUAUUCAGACCUGUGGCAUUGGGAGUAGCGGGCAUAAUGAGACCCACUCAUUUGACAAAUGGGAUGCAGCAAUUGCUUUAACACACAGUGGGAAUUCCCAUGCUGCAAUUAAUUUAAUGAACUUACUCUCUGCUGAGGCUUUAAUCAUAUCCAGUUGAUGUGGGUAAUGCACACAAAGUCUACUGCCUUGUAUUGAAACCUAGGGAAGGAAGAGGUUAACUCGAGCAAGGUGGCCUCCAUAAUUCAGGAUGGUAUUUAAAUCCAUUGAAAUGUUAUAAAUUCUAAAGUAAAUGAUCUGUAUAAGCUUGUUGUGAUAUCGAUCCUUAAUAGAGUGAUGACUGGGGUGGGGAUGUGGUUGGUUCCAUUUCCCAUUUCUUCAAAGAUUUUCAUGUGACCUUCAAUAAGGCAGAGGUUGGUAAAUUACUGAUUAGUCAGGGUAUGAGGGAAUAUGGGAAGAAAGCAGGAGAUUGAGGCUGGGAAGGAAAAUGGAUCAGCCUUGAUGAAAUGGCAGAGCAGACUUGGGCCAAAUAGCCUAACUCUGCUCCUAUACCUUAUGAUCUUAACUUGUAGCCUGAAGAUGCAAUGCAUCAGGGGUGCUCAUUACAAAUGUUCCCAGUGAGUCACUCAUCUUUCCCCAGUUCUAACACUCAAGGUACAAUAAGCAAUGAGUUUACUAGGAGGAAACUUGUUGAUAAUGAUUUCCCAUUUUCUGAAUUGAUUUCUGCCUGUGAUUCAGAUCGACGUCACCAAUCUAAUAUAUAUUGACUAAUGUUUAAUGUUCUCACACCCUUGUGUUUCCAAAAGCCCAGUAAAAGCGUGUAAAGGCAAGAUAUUAACAGUAAUCACUUGUAUUAUGCAAUGCUGAGCUCAGGAUCUACCUGUGCCAACUUAGAGUAGAAAAUUAGCAACGCACACAAAUUGCUGAAGGAACUCAGCAUGUCAGGAAGGGAAUGAGCUAUUGAGGUGUUUUGGGCUAAGACCCAUCUUCAGUGCUUUUGAAUCCUAAUGAAAUUUCUUGACCUACAACAUCAACUAUUUAUUCCCCUCUAUAGACGCUACCUGACUUGCUGAGUGUCCUUCAGCAUCUCUUUGUGUUUAGGAGAAUUAACACCCCCUCUCUCACUUUCAUUUUCCAUUUGCUGUUCUGCUUACCUUCUCAACUGCUCAUCACCUCUCUCUGGUUCCCAUCCUCCUUCCCUUUCAUCUAUGGUCCACUGUCCUCUCUUAUGAGAUUCCUCCCUUUACCUCUUCCACCAAACGCAUCCCAGUUUCUCACUUCAUCUCCCACCCACCCACUUUUCCCCUCAACUGGUCUCACCUAUCACCUGCCAGUUUGUAAUACUCCCCAACCCCCACCCUCCUCUUUAUUCUGGCUUCUGCCCUCUUCUUUUCCAGUCCUGAUGAAAGGUUUCGGCCCGGGGCUUUGGCUGGUCCUUCUUCUGCAUAAAUGCUGCGUGACCUGCUGAGUUCCUCCAGCAUUUUGUGUGGGUGUUGCUCAAGAUUUCCAGCCUCUGCAGCAUCUCUUCUGUUGAGAGAGUUAGCGCCAGUUCAGCCACACUGGUUAGCGCCAAGCUAUUACAGCUCGAGGCUUUGGAGUUCAGAGUUCAGUUCUGACGCCAUCUGUAAGAAGUUUGAAAGUCCUUCCUGUGGGUUGUCUCUGGGUGCUCCAAUUUCUUCCACAGUCCAAAGACGUACUGGUUAGUAGGUUAAUUAGCCAUUGUAAAUUGUCCCAAGACUAGGCUUGGGUUAAAUAGGUUGGUGGCAGGGCUCAAAGGAUCUGUUCCACAUUGUGUCACUAAUAUAGGAGCAUGGUGGGGGGAGCAAAGCAAAAUCAUAAAUUAAUGUUUUGUACUAACUACUCAAAAUUGGCUCCUGGUUUAUUUGACCAAAAUUGUUAUUUCCGCACAUAACAUCAUGGCUGUCUCAAAGCCAUUUUCUAAUUGGUGAGGUUUCCGGUCCAACGACUGGAAUUUAAAAACCCUGAAGGUGUUGUUUUCAUUUGGCUCCACAGUGAGGAUGCUGAUAAUCUGGCUAAUAAUCUUCGUCCAUUUGUCUGGAAAGGUAAGUGGGUAGGGCAGCAAAGACUGAUCUUGGCUGGCUUAGAACAUGUCAGACCAUUCAACAAACCUCAACCCCAGACAGUGUUACCUUAUUCCUAAAGGCAGACAUAAAGGGAUUGCAGAUGCAAGAAUCUGAAGCAGCAUUUGUGGAGGAAAUGGACCCUCAACAUUUUGGAUUGAGAACCUUAUAGACUGGAUGCAUUUCCUUCCAUUGGUGCUGCCUGACCAACUGAGUUCUCCAGCUUUUUUUAAAUGCAUUAAUCCUAUUCCUAUACUACUUUUUAAAAUCUUGUUUUCACCUUGUGGGGCAUUUACAAGCCCUGAUAACCCAAGAGUUUAGUGAUAACUGGUGUUUAGGCUGAACUUACCCCUUCAGAUGGCUGUGUUGUAUUAUAAUGACUGCAGUCCGCUAUAUAAACAGUGCGUACAGUCACUUGUCUCAAUGUACAUCAUUAAUAUCUGAUUUACUAUCGAAAUUGGUUGUGGGGCCCUUUCUUGGGAAACUGUACAGCUUUAACUCAGAAGAUGUGUUCUAUUUAAAUGAAAAUCUUCUUUAUUUUUGCUUCUGUAAAUAGUCUUGAACGUCAAUCAUAUAUUUUGGGGUAAAAGUGUUGUGUGAAGUAAGUUCUUGUUUAGCAACAAACAAGGCAUUAAGACAAUCGAGAGAAGAUGUGUGUUUACUGUAUGUAUUUUUCAUGAGCGUUCAAGAAUAAAGGGUUUGAUAUGGGUGGGUGGGUGGAGGGGAUUGCUGUUAUCUGUUCUUACCUGAACGUUGGUGACUCAUAGAGGCCCAAGAGGGAAAGCAGAGUUGCUUGCUGUGUGUGCUGUUCCAUUGUGUGGAUUUGUAUUAUUGUCAUUUGGGCCAUUUUAUGAGUGAGCAAGUGGCCAAUGCCUGGAAGCUGUUUGGAGCUAGUAUGUCUUAUGGGCUAACACAGUGCUUUUCCUUGGGCUAAGGUAGUGUUAUCUGUGUUUUGUGGUCUGGCAUUCUGUAGUUUCAUUGCUUUGUCCAAUGACCAAUAUGAGGUAAUGGCUUCAAAUUCAAACUUGCUGUCUUGCACCUUUCCAGCCAAGCUCAGUCCUAUUUCUCAAGGAUGUCACGGUCCCAGCAGCCUCUGUUGGUUUUUCGUACCUUGUACCUGAGAACAAAGAGGCCUACUUCUCACUUCUGAAAGUUGUCCUCGGGGCAGGAGUGAAGCAGCAAGUUUGAAGUUUGCUUUCUGGUCCCAUAUACAUUGAGCAUUCCUCUUGGUCUUGCCCUUUCAUACAAUAGCCUCUGUGUGUUUGCAGCAAUUGUAUGAUUGAAGAGAAAAGAGACUGCAAAUGCUGAAAUCUGGAAUACAAGGAGCAACAUUGGAUUUACCCAGCAGGUUGAGCAGCAUCUGUGGAAGCAAUAGAUGUAAGGUGGCAUUUCGGGUCAAGACCCUGCCUCAGGAAUGAAAGGGGAGAGGGAAGAUUGCCAGUAUACAGAGAAAGAAGAGGUGGGAAGGAAUGAUAGGCAGAUGGAACCUGGUGGGGAAGCGGUGAGAAAAUUCUGUAGAUAUUAUGCCACUUGGGAAAUAUGACACUCUGAGGUUUAUAUGAGGCCAGAAGUCAGCAUAGUUUUAAACAAAAUACCGCUGUACCCCACACUCUCAAUGUGUGUACAGGCUUCCUGUGCAUCAUCUGCUGCUCCUCAAAUGAAAGAUCACCCAAUAACUUGCUGUGUUUGAGCAAGUAAAAUAUGCCCUGAGUAAUUUCUGUGGUGAAGACAUCAAAUUAUAUCAAUUUGAUGCCACCUUUGUUCCUCUAGCUAGGAGAGUUUAGGGGCAGAGCAUCUUUCUCCCUCCCUCCUUCUGAAACUGAAUGUUUGCCUAACCCUGAUAAGCUACAUAGGAUAUAAUCAGUAGAUUUUGAAAUUACCGACUUCAACCCAACUUUUAAGUGUUUCUCUCUUCACAACUGUUGAGUAUUUUCAGCAUUGUCUAAUUUUGUCCCUGAUUUCCAGCAUCUGCAGUUUUCUUUUUGCUUCGCCGUCAUUUGUGAGAGAAGCUGCUUCCCUGGACAAAGAUCUGGGGCUGUGAAUCACAUUGUGUAUGAGAAAUUUGAGGGCUACUGAUCGUCUAUUAAUGUGUAGGAGCCAGCUGUGCAAGCACGAAGUGGCAUGUUACUAAUCCUAAAAGGGAACAAAAGGAUUGCAAUAAUUACCCUGAAUGACAAGAGAGAUGUGGUGUAGAAUUUCAAAUAACUUUGCUCUUAGAAAACUGUCAAUGAAGCAAAGCAACAAAUUAUUUUCUAAUCUUCAAAGAGUUUUAAUUGUGACUAUCUUUUUUUUUGGAUGUAAUAGCUGUUCAUACAGAAUAUACAAAAAUAACUCUAAAAGCUUUAUUUGAUCAAGUCUGUUCCAGGAAAAGUGGCUCUUCUCGCACGCUGUCUUGACCUCGUAUUCUUUUGAGAACCUUUGAUUUUGUAUGGUAUUCUCUCUAACUUGCUUCUUCAGCAUCAUACCAUACAGGUUCUAAACAUUAAACAGCCACACCUGAUUCCAGGGCUUGCAGUAUUGUUUUUUUUUUGGUUGGGAGGGGGAGCUAUACCUUUAUCAAAGCUACCCCCAGUCUCGCUGUACCCAAGUUCCUUUCUCCUGAUACUGUGGACAUUGAGCCAAGCCCAAUGUGCAUUCAAGGCCAAGUUAACAGCUCUGCAUUCAGCAGCGAAGUAAUCGGAAGUCCUUGUUGAUUACUUUGGCUGUGCUUAAAAUCGAAAGGUUGCGUUAAAGUUUCAGAUUCUUCAGUGGUUCCUAUCCUAAGCUGAUAUCUGUUGAGCUAUGCAGGCAUUGAGCAAAGUUGCAUCAAUUAGGUCUCUAUGCCUCACUCAUCUGGACUUGGGUAGUUUAAAAUCACUGUGUUUAAGACAUCAGAGGUUAACGAGGGCCGAGAACAUUGGCAUACCUUGAAAUGAUAGAAAGUGAGCCAUCAUCACUUGAAAGGGUUUGUACAUUCUUUGGUUCCUCACCCGCCUUUGGUAUUGAGGACCACAGUAAAUGGAGGGUGGGCGUCUCUCUGUCAGCUCUGCUGAGCCACGUUAGCUCAUGACUGCAGAAGCAACACUUGAAUGCCCAUCCUUAUUAAACAGCAGCAAAAGUGAAUAAGUAAUCUCUGAAGAGCAGUUGGAAAACUACGCUGGGUGCUCCACCAUUGUGUUUGAUUAGUUGAUCCACAAGCUCUUGACGUCCAUGUUAAUUGGUACAUGCAUACAUAGAGUGCAAAAAUGCAACUAUCUCAUCCAGAGCCAUUAAGGUGCAAUUUAAUGUUGUGGAGUCUUGUUUUUUUUUAUCUAGUUCUAAUUAAUGUUUGCAAAAAAUAAAACUGACAAUCUGUUAUUUUUGUUCCCAAAGGAAUGUGUUUAUUUUAAACGGCAGUGUAACGCAGGGGGAGGGUGGGGGGGGGGGCUAACUGGAAGGUUGAUUGCAUGCUGCAGAACCUAUGAGCUCCAGUAUCGUUUGGCGGUGUGGCUUCUCGUUUCUCACACUCUCAUUGUUCUGAGUUGAUCUCAAACCGAGCCUGUUCAGCACAUUGUACUUGGGAUAGACUGGUACACAGGUUUCGAGCGUGCCCUUGGGGUUUAAUUUUUCAUUUCCAGGCAAGAGAGCUCUGGAGGGGUGCCUUUAAAAGCCAUCAGUGUUUGCCAACUUGCAUAACGUAUUUUCCGUGGGCCAGUUUUCUCAGUAGGAAGGCCAUUGUAACUCACACAGACAGUGAACAUUCCUGCCUCUGUAUCCUUAUCCUGUUGAAGGAAUGUUUUACAGACCCCCUUCUUUUAACCCUACUGCUCAAGUUUCAACUUUGUCUUGUUUUUUUUUAAUUAAUGACACGUCAGUAGCCUUUUGAAUCCUCUCAAAAUCAUCAAUUGCCAAUCCAAAGCCUUGGUCUUCCAGUAUGGCAGAUGUAAAAUGGAUUCCCUGUAGUCAUUUCUUGGUCAAUUCCCUUCAAGUAGAAUCUUUAAUUAAAACAGUACAGAUUUUAUUAUUUUGUCUGCCCCAAACCCCCAAUUAUUACCCAUUUGAGAAACAAAUAGUGGCAUUUACCAAGAUAAAGGGGUAUUGAUGUUUAGCUCAACCAUUCAGCACAAAAGCAGUGCCCAAGCCAACUGUCAUACUAAAUAUACUGAUUCUGUUUUCAGUCUAAUAGCUGUGUAUCCCAUGGUAUUUCCAGCAUUUCUGUAAAUCAUUAAAUGCCACGGGUUUAUCUUAUCCAUCUCGCCCUCAAACCAUGCUUCAAACUUCAACUACCCUCUGGGUGAAAAAUUCGUCCUUUUCAAUCUGCUGUCUGAUUAUAGAACGCUGUUAAUCUGCUCUGUCUCACCAUCUGACCUAUUCCUACCUCAUAUUUUUGAACAUCUCCAUCAGCUUACCGUCCCCUUGGCCUUCCCUGGUGGACGAAAACCAAGCCCUCUGCAUAAUUGAGGCAGCAUUCUGGUGAAUCCUCUCCAAUUGCAGUCACAACAAUGGUUGUGACGAAAAAGAAGCCCCACUGCCCUCCAGUCACUUGACACUGAGCCCAGUCUCUUCCAGUACCAGUCUGUUCCCAGUUUUUAAACUCUUCCCAAACGUCAGUCAGACCUUUUCUUUAAACUGUGUUACUUGCCUUAUGAGGGGUUUUUAACUCUCUGCACCAGAGGUUGAAGCAUUCUUAGUUUUUUUUAAAUUUGUUCUAUUAGUUUGGUGAAUGCCAGGAUUGAUUGUUUCUCUUAUCAGUAUAAAACACUGGCUGACAUCCAUUCAAUUGGCAGAUUGACCAGCCAGUUUUAAACUGUGCCCCCCAGAGCAAUGGUUUGAUUCAAUUGAAAGGAAAACCCAUUCACACUGCCUGCCGUCAAGUCUUAUUGUUCAAACCCAAGAGAGUUAAAAAUCCCAUGUAAGAUACUGUCUUCAAUGAAUGAAUGUAUCUUGUUUGACAUAAUUUAUGGUUGGAAAGAUUUUUUUUCUUUUGUUGAAAAAUAAAUUCUGCCCUCUGAUACCCA